AUGGCCACGAGCGCAAACGCCAUCGGAGGCAUACCACGUAUACAAGAUGCGCUCCGUACCCCGGAAGACCUCGAGAAAAUUGCAGGCUUGAAAGCAGAAAUCAAUCGCAAGAAGGGCGAUGCCGAUGCCAGAUUGCGAGAAGGACUGAAAGAGCAUUUGGAUACUACACAGAAUGGGAUGUCCACUCUCGCGGAAGGACAAAAGCUCGUGGGGCAAAUCAGAGAGGAGAUGAAGAGCAUUCAUGAUCUCUGCGAGCAGGCGCAAGCCAUUCGCAGGAACUUUCCCCAGCUCGAUUACCUUGCCAGGGUUCAUCGCAAUUUCGAGGCAACGCGUGCUAUGCAAGCGGGCCUGGAUAGUUUUGAGAAGGACUGCGCCCAUGUACAGAGACUCCUGGAAGACGAUGAGACUAAUCUGGAGGAACAGUCCAAUCUUCUCGAGGCGCACAUGCGUUUGACACGGUUGCGCGAUUUCCGAGACGAAGCACUGGACCAAAUCCGGAGAGGGAGGGACUCGAGCUUGGAGCAGACACUUCUCGACUGGUUCCAACCGCUUGACAGUGUCAUUGAGAUCUUUGAUGAUCACCUUGGCCAGAUCUGCCUGAAUCUCAUCGAGCUGGUCCAGCAGGAUAAUACUGGCAUCAUUGUCCGCCUUGCCAUUGUCAUUGCAUCAGAAGAGAAGAAUGAUGACCGAGUGCGAGCCCUGCAAGACGCGCAGAAGGAUCACCAAGACCUCGUCAGCAAGUUCACGUCGUUUACCAUCGGACCUAAAACCAUUCGCGGAUACAAAGAGAAAUUUCUCCGGGCCAUCGAGGCCGUGGCGCAAGCGAAAUUCGAACAGACAGGCGAAGAUUUCCAGGCCGAUCCCUCCAGACUUGAGAAACAAACCAAGUGGUUUUUCAAUGACCUGUUCAUAUGCAAACAAGGAAUGCAAAACCUCUUCCCCAAGAAAUGGAAGAUCUUCCAGACAUACGUCGACAUCUACCACAAGCAAAUGCACGAUUUUCUCAUUUCAUUUGUGGACGCGGAAGAUCUCCGACCGCCGCAAAUGCUGGGGAUCGUGCACUACGUAGAUGUUUAUUACAGCAAGAUGAACAAACUGGGCGUUUCGCCGGCCCAGUUAAAGCCACAUGUCCUAGAUUCGCGUGAGGGUGACCUGAUCCGCGAGUACAGAAACAUCAUCACCAAAGCUCUCAAUUCUUGGAUGGACAGGAUGUACAUCAGCGACCGAAAGAACUUUUCAUCGAGAGCCCCGGACGCCAUCGAGCAAGACCCAGAAGGACAUUUCCGAACCAAGACCCUUGGCGAUAUGUGGCGGAUGUUACACGAGCAAGCUGUAGCAGCAGGCGAUUCGGAGCGCGAAGACGUUGUGGAAGGUGUGAUGAUUGCAAUGUUUAGCGCCUUGAAGUCACGCCAGCAACAAUGGGAGAAACUCAUCGACGAAGAAGUAGACCGAUACAAAAACCCAACGCCAGAGCAACUUGAGAUGCUGCAGCCACUUCAGGAUUGGCUGCUCGCCAUCGCAAACGAUCAGAUUGCUUGUGUGGACGACGCCGCCGCAGAUGUGAUUGACGAAGACCCGACCGCUCAGAAAGGCUAUCUAACUCGAUUCCGCGAAGACUUUGCCAAACUACCUACACCUCCGUCGGCCAAGUUCAUGUCCACCAACGGCACCAGCGAGUUAGAUGCUCUUCGGGAUGGCUAUGUCGAUCUGGCCACCCACUGUAUCAAUUCUUUUGUCCAGUUGAUCUUCCGCGUCGACUUCCGCUCGAUUUUGACCGAGUUCUUCGUCUCUGGGAAGUGGUACGAGCAGGCUGCGAUGAAAAGGAUCACCACGACCUUUGAUGAUUAUAUCGGAGACUACAGUUCAACAUUACAUCCAUCACUCCUGGACAUUUUGAUCGAGGAGCUUUCAGAUGCUCUGUUGGUGAAUUACUUGACGUCGAUUCGGACCAACCGCGGGGUCAAGUUUAGGCGAGGUGAACCUUUCGCUGCUAAGUUCAGGGAUGAUGUCCUUGCCGCCUUUGCCUUCUUCGAGAAAUAUCCCGAAAGCUUCAAUGAAACCAUCAAACCCAAGUGGAAGGUUGUCAACUUCACAGUCCAGUUCCUCGAAGCGGACAAAAACGACGUGGUGGGAGUGUAUGAACAAUUCAAGCGGGAGUUCUGGGAUCUGCAACUGAGCUGGGUGGAAGGAGUUCUCAAAACUCGAGACGACUGGGACCGCAGCAUGAUCACGGCAGUCAAAAGGGCGGCGGCCAGCACUUAUGCGGAACGAGGUAUGGACACGAUUAUGGGAAGAGUCAAGUAA